GGACUCUCGAUGGGAAAGUCGAAUUGUCACACUGUGUUCGUAAACACUCUUUGGUAUUUGAUACUGUCGAGUUAUCAAAAUGGUUGGGAAAUGCGAAAAAGAAGACGUGUGUGAAUGAUUGUGUAUGGGUUUUCAUAACAUUUUAUGUUUGCCAGUGUAUAAGCAGUGUACAGGCAUUCAUUAUAAUGGAAAAUAAGGCUGACAUCUUAGAUCCUCGCGAUGAAGUACGGAAACUACAGGAUAAAGUUAGGAAACUGGAAUUUCAGAAUGAACAGCUACGAUCACAGCAUACUAGGAAUGGAUUAUUGGGAAAUAAAGUAUUAUCAUGUGUUUCAAAUGAGAACUAUAUCGUGCAUACGGAUCUCCAGUAUCAAGCAGAGGAUGAACAUGAUAUCAUAAUCAUAAACAGUGAAGACUUCUUGGAUGAGGAAAGGUGGCUUUAUGUUUCAUCAAAUAGUUUAUCCAGCAAUGUUCCCAAUAAUUUACAAAAGUGGCUGCGACAUGAUGUAGAUAAUAACAACGACUAUGAGUUCCAGCUAAUGAGAAGGAAGCUUAUCCAAGAAUUAGAAGAAAUAGAACAAGGACUAAGACGACACAGCAUAGACACACGAACGUUUACAAGGUCAAAAAAGCGGAUGGGCCGUCCCAGUUUAGAAACAAUGGUGGAAUCGCCAAUGUAUGAAAAUAGGAGGAGAAUGUUGUCACCAUGGAGGACUCCACAGAUUCAAAAUAUAGAUGACAUCGAUGAUGUCAGUCUCACACUCAACAGUACAUUUGGAUCUUUGGCAUCUGAAUCGUUGCUUCGUAAUGUCAAUUUCCAUUCAAAUGAUGCACUGGAGUUCAACACGGUGUUCCAGAAAAUUUCAUCAGAACCUCAUUUGAAUUUAACACCUGAGCCGCAAAACAACGCAUCUCAAAAGACUGCAUCUGAUCCUGAUGAGAUGCAUACAACUUACCAAAAAUUAUCAGAGCCAGAUUUAAAUGCAACCUUCCUAAAAGUAUCAGAUCCGUGCCCGAUGAAUCGUCAAAAGUCUGCCGAUAUGAACACGACAUUUCAGUUGGCACCUAGAUCGAGAAGCAUAACGCCAUUGGGACUGAACUGCACGUUUUCGAUUCAAGAUGGCAGUAGCAGUAGCAGUAAUCGCAGUGGACGCGCAAUGUCUUGUGACAGUGGGGGUGAUGAUGAUCAGAUGAGCAGUGCUUCAGACAGCAGCUUUUCCUCCAGUAACCGGCUCAUGAAUGUCGGUGACGUCCAGAAUAUUGCGCGUCUCCAGGAAGAAAGUUUAAAGCAGGUGGUGUCAACGCCAAAACACAACCUCAAGAGAGAAGGUUUGGUUCCUGGCAUACAAGACGAUUUGCCAUCUCCGAUACCAAAGGACUAUAAUCACGGUUAUCAAUCAGACCAUUCUGACCAUUCGUCUUCAGCCGAUGGUCGCGCAAGAAGUUCUCGCAGUUCAUUGAAAUCCAGUCCUGGUAGCAGUCCAUUUGGAUCCACACAGAUACUGACAAAUGUUCCAGAAAGUGUUCCUUGUAAUGCAGUAGUUCGUUUGCCGAGGAGGGAAUUGAAAAUGUUCCCUGCGGAGAGACAGGAGAUACCUAAAUCACAGACUGUAGGGAAGCCUGCGGAAUCAGCUCGGGGAGGACACGGUCGAGGCAUGUCAGGACUGAGGCCGCCGGUCGUGAGGUCACGAGGCGGCAAUACAGGAGCGACCAGAGUAGUAUCGCAAGGAAGAGGCAGUAGCAUUCCACGGCCAGCAUCUAGAAUCCCUCCACCUAGAAUAAGGAUGGCAGCACCUGGCAAGAUGAACUGGAUGGAUGGCUGCUAUUGAAUUUGCUCCCAUUUUGACUCCUUACACCACAGUGCCUACCAACAUAUCUUCUCUGAAACUGCUAGCCAUAGUGCCAACUGAUUGCUAUUUACUGUAACAAUAAACUAAUUUUAAAUAUAAUUAAGGGACAAAUAAGGAUAUCGUCAUAGUAAAAGACAGUGAAAUGAACAUUUUAAGGGUAUUUUGAUAUGGGAAUAUGGCGGUGUUUAACGUUGAGCUUUAUUUAUAUAUAUAUCCAAAGCAGGAAAUCUCUGUAUUCUGGUUUUGGUAAAAAAAGGACUGUUUAAAAGAAUUUGUGUUUCAAAUCCACACACAUAAUCUUCUUUUAGCAUCAUUUCCUUUUUGUAUAGGUUGAUGGUUGUCUACAUACAGUAUUGAUCCAAAAAUUUAGGUGCAUUUCUUUUUGAGUAAUAACAAAAUAAACACUCGACAGUAGGCAUUAGUUUCCAUAUGUACUAAUAAAUUUGUUUCGUGUAUUUCUGAAAGUAUGGACAUACUGAGUUUUUAACUUUAGUGUCGUAAAAGCCAUACUGAUUUUUUUUCCCGUCUCAGAAACUGAUAUGUUAAUAUUAUUGACAUAAUUCUUUGACUGUUGUGUCCAAAGAUGGUACAAGCUGUUGGAAUGCCAGAAGUGUUAUAAGCCAAGAAAUAUGCGCCACUUGUUGGUGUCUGGCUGCACUGCAUGUAAAAGUUAUUGUUUAAUUUGUAUACCUUAAUUGUGUGUCUUAUUUAAAUUUUAAUUUUGUGACAUGAUUUGUGAUUUCAAAAUGGUAUAUUUUCACACUUUUUCUGCUUGUAAGUGUCAUAAAUGUGAGUCUCUUGAUGUAAGAUAUGUUAAAGAAUGGCUGUGAAAAUAUUGGAGAAGACCGUUUUCAAUUAAAUGCUGAUAUUAUGAUAAAUCAGAUCAGUGAUCUGGCUCGCUCUUCUUGCGUCUUAACGCAUUAUACAAAAGAUGAGUAAAUAUGAAUCUUUCAACAAGGACUCUACCUCUUGAAGAUACAGAAGAGGAGUGGUAACUACCACCGAGUAUAUCUUGUUUCUGCGCUACCCCCUACAGAGAGCCUUCGACAGAAAUUAACGUAACAAGGGAUUUGUACAUUAAUCCCAACCUGAUGCCAUGAGAAUUGAUUUUAGAUGCAUUUCUACUUCAUCUUUAUUUAUAACUUUAAUAGAUCAGUUAAUCCUUUACCUUUGUGAUAGAACCGUUACGUCACGGUGGUUCUGGUGCUUAGUUAUAUAAUAACAUAUUUUAGAUUGGUUAGUAACCCAAUUUUUUAUAUGUGUAUAUAAAUAUAAGUGAACAAGUUUGAGGAUAUAUAUGUAUGCUGUCUGCUAUGACGUACUGUCCAUUAAUAAAGAGAGGUUUCGUCCAAUUUCAUUGUAGUGAACUACAUGUAAAAUGCGGGAAAUAUUAGUGAUUUUAAUAAUUGUUAACUCAUAAAAAUUAUUUUGCCGAAGACAUCAUUUGAAAGGAAUUUGGAUUCAGUAUUGUGAUUAAUUUCAUUUAAAACUGGAUUAUACACUUUGCAAGGUGAAGCAAAAUUUUGUGAAAUGUGUUCUUGAAUUUCAUAUAUGUUCAUCUUUAACACUGAAAUCCUGGGUGCAGCAAAUUAUUAUUUCAACUGAUUAAAAAUGCUGUAUUGUAGGCACUGUUUAUUGUUAACAGCUUCCCCCCCUCCCCCCCCUUCCAUCAUCUUUGUACAUAUGUUAACCAUUUCUGUGACCCUUUUAUAUUACACAGUGUUGGGAAUUUGCCUGUAAAUACUGUGAAACACAAAGUUAAUGUAAAGUAAUUGAAUAAUUUAAAUACAUUUUUUAUUAAA